ACCCUUGCAUCAGACACGAAGCUGCACAUUCCUGAGAUCGUUGACGUGAGUGCCCUGUCGUUAACCACGUUCGCAGCAUCACACCAUGCCCAACGUCCCACCGUCAUCAUACCAUAUCGUUGCCCAUGCUUGAUCCGCGUAUGACAGGUGCAGCAUCUGCAUAUCGAUUCCUAACGCUGCAAGACGUGGAGCCUUCUCUGUGGAGAGGAGAUUGUUUCCUUUUGCUGGAAACUGAGCCCGCGCUUUCCACGUGUGCAACCCCACCACAACUACGCUGUUGGGCACUGCAUGCGAGACAUCUCGACCAAGCAAGUCCUUGGCUUGUGGCCUGCAACGCCAAAUCCGCCAGACUGGGCCCUUCAUGGCUUUGCUUGCUCAUCAUGGCCGCUUUCAGCACCCUCCGCGGAGCCCUGGUAAUUACGAAUCAGCAUUAUCUGAGGUGCGGUGACAGCUGCCAAGGGCAAUUACCAAUUGCAAUUGCUGUAACGAUCAGCAUCCAGCAAACCCAUGUUUCCCAGAGGGCGAACGUCGAAAAACACCCUAAACACAGUGGUCAACGAGUCUCAUCGGAAUGUCUUGCGCUGUGUACAGACUGGCGACAUGUUCGAAAUCUCCGAGCAAUUGACGACACAUGCGAUGGCUUGAGGAAAAGCAGCCACACGCUUGUGUUUCAGAGCACGGCAGGAUUUCCGCCAUCUUGCCGGGCGGAUUGCACUCCGGACUAUUUUUGCGUCAUUGAUGGUAGGAAAAAUGAGGAGCCACUGCUGUCGCCACUAUCUGAAGGACGACGGGAAUGGCAUCUACCAUUCCUUUCCGUUGUUUGAACGCACUUCCCAGAAGUUCGUUUUGGUGCAGCAGUAUCCGCUGGCGGGCAGCGGGCAAGAAGCAUCAUUGACGUUCGCCAAGGCAAAGCGGAAUUAGUGAGGUUUGUCAGACCCUGAUAAUGGCGCCUAAGCAUCAACUUGUCUGUAUCGCGCUCCCCUUACUCAUUUGCCAUUUCAAGCCUUCCAGAACACCGGAAUCUUCGACCGAGGCCAAACAACUUCGUUGUAACGACUUCUCUAGCUGCCGAAGACAGACGCCGCCCGGCAGAUAAUCAGACCACGAUACGACCGACGACCUCGAAGCUGAUCCUUGAACGCUCUGGACAUGCGAAGAAACAUAAGGACAU